AUGGGGAAUUGCAGCUCAGAACCCUCCUCACUUCGCCUCGAAGUCCGUGAUCGCGCAUGGAAGGGCGAGUUCCGACCUGAACAAGAAUGGCCAUUGGCUCGUACUCAAUACACCAAGAAGUAUCUCGAUAUCACUCAAGGGAGGCUUAUCGACCAGAAUUCCUCCUCAAUCUCGGUCACCACCUAUAAUUCCCAAGUCACCGAUGACGAUGUCCGUUUCCAAUACCGAUUCUCGGAGGAUACCGAGCUGACAGGAAACAUGCGCCUACGUCUCUGGGUUGCUGCUGAUCAGGGCGAAGAUAUGGACCUGUUCGUCCAGCUUGACAAGCUUGACAAAGACGGAAAAAUUACUCCAUUUGUGGCCUUCUCCAUGGUCGACGAUGGUCCUCUUGGUCUUGGAUGGCUCCGUGUUAGCCACCGCGAGUUGGAUAUUGCGAAGACAACCAUUGACCGACCUUACCACAUCCAUGCUCGGAAGCUUCUUCUCCGACCAAAUGAGAUUGUCCCAGUGGAUAUUGAGAUUCUUCCAACAUCGACUCUUCUCCGUCCCGGGGAGACCCUUCAGGUUCGGAUCCAGGGUAACGACAGCUUCCGACACAAAACUCCGGAUGUUGUGCAGUUCCACGAGAAUUCUGUCAACAAGGGAAAGCACUUUGUCUACUCGGGCAGCAACUUUGAAUCUUACCUUGUCCUCCCCAUCAUUGAGUCAUAA